AGAAAAAGUAAACACAGUGGUAUAAAUUAGAGAACUACCAACUGGUUAUAAGUACACUGUUCAAUUCUUGUUUGAUAAAACUGGGUGAAAAGGAUAAUAGUUUAUAUUGUAGUAUAGGAUGAAAGAGUUGUCCACUUGUGUCAUAAUAAUUAAUUCUUUUAUUGGAUGUUGAGUGUUAUCUUAUAUACAAUGAGAUAUUUUGCACUUAUAAGUUUAACAUUAUGUGAGAUUCUUACGUGUGCAUUUACAGAAAAGCACAAAUUGCUAGACAAGCGACUUCUGUACUAUGAGCCAUUAGAUUAUGAUAGAGACAACCUUCACCUUCAACAUACUGUCGCCGGAAAGUUGGGAGAUGUGGUUCAGUUCAAGUUUCGGGCCUUUAACAGAAAUUUUUCUCUUGAACUGAAAAGAGUUCCAUCAACAUCAAACAUUAUUUUACAUCAUAAAAAGAAAUGGUCCACACCAGAUCUGUCAUUUGUAUAUACCGGAAAAAAUACAGAUUAUACUGGAAGUGAAGUACGAGUGGCUGUGAUAAAUGGAACAUUGCAGGGUAAAAUUAAGCAUCCAGGGGAGACAAUUUAUCAUAUUGUUCCAAGUUCUAGGUUGUUCAAACAAUUACCUCCCUUUCAUACAGUGAUAUACUCUGACAAAGACUAUAACUGGAAUCACACGUUUCAUUCUGAUACAGUGCAGCAUGCUGGCAGCCAGACACAGGUGUUUAAAAAGCCUAGAGAUAGAUUGAAAAGAGAUUUACUCUCUCCACGCCCGGGACAAGACCAUCAUGUGUGCACUGUCAAACUGACAACAGACGACACUGUCUGGAAAUAUUUCAUGAAUUUAAAUCAGAAUGAAGAUCGAAGCUAUUACGAUAUUUUGUUCUUGUUGGAGAACCAUGUUGCCGAGGCUAAUGACGUGUUUAGAAAUACAGAAUUUACCUUGAAUCAAGGUCAAGAUACAGAGGAAAAGCUGAAAGGAAUUCAGUUUGAGAUUAGAGGAAUAAAGAUUAUGACAGAUACAGAUUGCGCAGGUGAUGAAAAAUCUGUUACGUGCAAUGAAAAUCUUGAUGGAGAGACACUGCUAAGAAAUUUUUCAUCUGAAGAGGAAGAGAAAUUAAUUGAUUACUAUGAGGACGAUAAUUAUUACUAUGAAGAUUAUAAUUACACUGACUAUUAUGGAAAUGAUGAAGCACAGUAUUGUCUAUCCUUCCUGAUCACUGCUAGAGUGUUGUAUCGUGGCAAGGGAAGUCCUCUACUUGGCCUAACAUUCCAUGCUGCAAAGGGUAAAGAAGCUGGGAUCUGCUCAACUAGUAAUAAUAAUGGCUUUGUAACAUUAUUUCAAGAAACUCCGCAAGCGUUACCAGCCCAGGUUACACAGCUCGUGUUUACACAUGAAGUUGCACAUGCAUUUGGUGCAGCACAUGACAAUAUGGACGAAUGUUCAGAAUUCAACUUGAAAGACGAACCAACAGAUGGUUACUACCUGAUGCAUAGUGUCGCACAGCGAGGAGACAAACCCAACCAUUAUAAACUGUCAGCAUGUAGUCUGAAAUAUAUCUCUGAAGUGCUUUCCUUUCAAAAAUCCCGACAGUGCUUCACUGAAAGUGAAUUACCAUAUUGUGGUAAUGGUAUAGUUGAUGAAGGUGAGCAGUGCGACUGCGGCAAUGACUGUGACACUGGCCUUGAUAACUGCUGUCAUUCCCACAAUGCAACUGGAGGUUUAAGAUGUACGCUAAAAGAAGGAGCACAGUGCAGUCCAAGCCAAGGGCCGUGUUGUGACAGCAGUGUAUGCCAGUAUAUAAACCGCUCAAAGGACUUUGUGUGUCAGAACUCAAAACCAUGUGUGGAUGAAUUGUACUGUCAUGGGGAGAUGUAUGGCUCUCACUGUCCUCCACCUGAAAAACAUGAGAUUAGACAAGAUGGCUUCAUUUGCAGUCCAAAUGGACGUGUCUGUGAUGCUGGGAGUUGUAAUGCAUCCAUAUGUAAACUGAUACAAUGGCGUGAAUGUCAGAUGUCAAAUGAUGAAGAAAAACUCACCAUUCAGGAGAAAGAGGACCUGUGCUAUAUUGGUUGUCGGAAACCUAAAUCUGAUGACUGUAUUAGUUCAAGUGACCUUGACAAGGUUAGGCAGCACCCAGAAUUUAUGAAUUUAUUGACCAACAUUACUGCUGAUAAUACAAUACUUCCGAUACGACUUCCUAUAGGUACCCCUUGUAACAGAAACACUGGGUACUGUGAUGUGUUCAAGCGAUGUCGAGGUGCUAGUCCUGACACACCAUUGAGUAGACUGAAAAAUUGCAUCUCAAGUGGUGAAUGUGGUGCAAAGAUUGUAGCUAUUUUGAAGGUGUACUGGUGGCUUGUUCUGCUGGGCAGUAUUGCGUGUAUACUUUUAUUUUGGCUCUUCGUGAAGUGUUGUGCUGUACACACAAAGAGUAGUAAUCCAGAGGUGGAGCUACGGCACCCACAUCGAUCCGUCCGUCAAUCUGUAACAAGUGUACGUGACUCAGUUAUUCAUCCUCAGAAAUCGUUUCGCAAUUCAGUGAGAAGUAUGCGUAACUCAGUGACAAGUCUUCGCACAUCUUUUCGACGUAUGAAUAGCAGGCCUAUUUCCAGUGAACUUGACUUAAAGAGAAUAGAAGAAGAAUUGGAAGUUUUAAAUAAUAAUCCGUCUACAAACGUUGACGAUGUUUUUCUCUAGUAUGUAAGAAACUGAAUGUUAAGUGACUGUGGAUAAUGAAUACAGUUUUCUUACUUAACCCUUACCAUGCUAAAUUUCUAUUCUUCCAAUUUGGACAGUACCAUUAACUGUUGAAAGGGGUGCUUACCAGAAGGAUACUGGCUGAAUAGUGACUAGUGCAGAUCAUGAUCAGACUGCAUGGAUGUGCAGGCUGAUCAUGAUCUACACUGGUUGCAAAGGCAGAACUAAUUGUGUCCAGCAUGGUCAGGGUUAAAGCAGUGGUGUAUAUAAAUGAAUUGAUACAUAAUAGAUACGAAAAAUACAAAUACAAAAGUUCCAACCAUUAUCUUUAUAAAAAUCAACAUGUUCAGGUAUUUUGAGAGUAGUAAUUUCUGAAAAAGUAUUUCAAAGCAUUUUUUUUUUAUCAAUAAUGUUUCCCUGGCAAGUCUGGGUUUUUAAGGACUGAUCCUGGUUCUUGCUUAUGAUUACCCGGAUAUUCCAAUAUAAGUCUUCGUAAAAAGUAGAUUUUCAGACUUCUAAUGUUUUAAAGUUUUAAUAGUGAGAUUUUUGUCACUAAAACAUCCAUGAUUGAAUCUUUGGUGUGUUUUAGCGUCACUGAUAUUACAUGUCAGUAUAAUAUUUGCCUCAUUUUAUCAUGUGUAUCAUGAAAUGAGAGUAAUAAAGAAUUGAAUUGUAAGGACAAACUAGCAUUUAAGCAUUUCUGAUAGUCAAAGCAUUUUUUUUUAUCAAUAAUGUUUCCCUAGCAAGUCUGGGUUUUUAAGGACUGAUCCUGGUUCUUGCUUAUGAUUUCCAGGAUAUUCCAAUAUAAGUCUUCGUAAAAAGUAGAUUUUCAGACUUCUAAUGUUUUAAAGUUUUAAUAGUGAGAUUUUUGUCACUAAAACAUCCAUGAUUGAAUCUUUGGUGCAUUUUAGCGUCACUGAUAUUACAUGUCAGUAUAAUAUUUGCCUCAUUUUAUCAUGUGAUUCAUGAAAUGAGAGUAAUAAAGAAUUGAAUUGUAAGGACAAACUAGCAUUUAAGCAUUUCUGAUAGUCAAAUUUGAAUAAAUUUUGUGAAUGUAAUAACUCAGUGAGUUUAAAUUAACAGUUAUUUAUUCACAGGUCAGGCAAAAAAGUAUGAAAAUCUCCAUUUUCAGCACCUGAUAUUGAAUAAUAUUAAGAAGUUUAAAUACUUGAAAAAACCCAGGAAUAAUUUGUUGAUUUCAAAAGCAUACACAGGAGACGAUAAGCCAGGAGGUUUCAGGGUACAAGAACAUGAUCUUAGUUUUAUUUCUUUGUUUAAGCAAACAGUGUGAAAUCUUAGUUUUUUCUUUGUUUAAGCAAACAGUGUGAAAUCUUAGGGGUUUUUUUGUUGUUUUUUUUGGAGCAAACAGAAAAAAAAUAUAAUUCUGUUCUAGUUUUAGUUUUUAAACUUUGUACAUGUCUGUAAAUUGCCUUUUUGAUCAUUUUAUCUGAUAUCAUUGUGUUCAUCUAUGUAGAGAAAUCCACCAUGAAACGUUCACUCAGAUUUUUUUCCUUUGAAUUUGUCAGUGAUAUGAAACAAGUACUAUAUACAAUCAAUUUCCCAUUUUACCCUUAUUUUAGUAAUAAAAUAUACUUUCCAAUACAUUUACAAAAGUUUUUACCCAUAGUAAACUGCUAGGUAUUAAUUUCAUGACCCCCAUUAGCUUCAUGGACUGUAGGGGCACUUCCCCUUCAGGCCCUAUCAGCAACUUUGAUCUUUUACUUCAAUAACUAGUAUUAUUUGUUUACCUCAUGAAGGCCAAAGAUUAACCCUUACCCUGCUAAAUUUCUAUAAUGAACUUGUCCAUCUUUCAAUUUUGACAGUACCAUUAACUUUUAAAAAGGGGUGUCCAGCAUGAUAAGGGUAAAAAAUGAAAUGAGCCGUGCCAUGAGAAAACCAACAUAAUGGGUGUGCGACCAGCAAGGAUCCAGACCAGCCUGCGCAUCCGCGCAGUCUGGUCAGGAUCCAUGCUGUUCGCUUUUAAAGCCUAUUGGAAUUGGAGAAACUGUUAGCGAACAGCAUGGAUCCUGACCAGACUGCGCGGAGACUAUCUUCUCCUUAGUCUCUAAACCUCUAGAUGCUAGGAGGACUCUCGUACAAACAACAGCAGUUGUUAAUCUCAUCAAGCAACUUGCAGAGAGCACAACCCAGGUUCAAGGUUCAAGGUCACACUUGAAGGUCAAAAGGUCAUGAUCAUAACAUUUUACUUCGCCAGUAUCAAGACUGAACUAGGGGUAUUAAAUGCGUUUAGUGAUAAUUCUAGUGUACAAUUGCAGUCACAAUUUUUUAUUUCUGCUAAAACUUGUGAUAUCUAAAAGUAUUUGCAUGUGACUUACUGGCAAUGUAAUUGCUGUUCAUUAACAACAUCAUUAACACCAUUUACAACACCAUUGUCAUCACUUUCAUCAUGAAGCAGUGUAACUGCAAUACUCUUUGUUAUCAUAAUAAUCACCUCAUUUCACAAUAUACAUUAUGUUUGUCAUAAAGUAUCAGUGCAAAUAGUGAAAUUGUCAACAUGCUUUUUGUUUAUUUUAGAUUUGAAGUCAUCGCUACUUUCAUCCACCCAGUUUGUUUAGUCAUCAAUACUUUCAUCAUCCUAGUUUGUUUAUUUGAAGUCAUGACUACCUUCAUCAUCCUAGUCAUCAACAAAGUUUUUACAGUUUUUAUGUAAUCACUUUCAAUUUUGACUCACUGCCCCUUUAUCAUUGUUAACAAAAUCACCAUCAUGAUCUACAUCUUCUUCUUUCUUCUUUUUAUCAAAAAAAUAAUCAUCAACAUCAUUAACAACAGCAGUACCACCAAUCUGUGCAAUAAAAUUGAAUUAACUGUGUGCUGUUUUAGGGGUAGAAAAUAUAUUUUUAGUCAUUUUUUGCUUGACUUUUCAAGGAAUAGGUAGAGCUAUUGCACACACCCUUUCACCAGCAUCCGUGUCAGUAUCAAUGUUGGCAUCAGUGUCCCAGUUUGGUUAAAUUUUUGUAUGUAAGAUGGCAGUUCAGUAACACUAGAGCGAAUGGAUUGGAACUUCACUCGCUUGUUUACUGUGAUGAUUUUACACGCAAUACACAGGUUCUAUAUCUGUUCUUACAUUUUUACAAAGUUAUACCGUGUUUUCAAUUAAGAUUUUUUUUGUGAUUUUUUUGUUUUAAGCUAGUUUCUCAGCAACCAGAGUUUUGCCCCUGUUUUCGACUUAGUCAUAAUCUGUUGCCUCACAUAGCAUCAAGAUCUAUGACUAAAAAAAAAUGCACCAUGUUUUACUUGUUUAUGUCUAUGUGUUUAGUAUGUUUUCUUGUUUUAGUAACAAGACUUUUGAAUAGUCUUAAGCAUUGCUGUCCUCUGAUAGCACUUCUUUAAUUAAUGAAAAUGUAAAAACUGUUGUAAGGAAUUAAUUUUUUUCUGCUUCAGCAAUUUUAUUGUUUUAUGUUUACGUUUUACAUAAAGUCUGUUUAGAUUUGUUAUGAAUAUUGUACAUAAUUUUGUUAUUUGAAUAAUUUAGUAUAUUUUUGUACAUUUGAUAUUGUAUAUAUUGCUUUGCUAUGAAAUGAAUGAAGUAAAUUCUGUGAAAAUCUU